AGGGGGCGAUUGAGUGGUCCCCGGGGCCCGCAGCACCCGGGUUCUCGCCCAGGCGCCCCACAGUCGGGGCGCAGAUGGGGUCCCCGCGGCGACGCACGCCCGGGCCCCCGUCCCUCCCCGCGUCGGACCAGACCCUGCGGGAGCCCGGCCCCCACGCUCGCCGACUAACUUCUACUGGAACCGCAGAGCCCUCGCAAACGUGCCCGCCUCCAGGACGCCGACCAAGACCGCCUCCCCCAGUUUGCCCGGCGCUGGCCCGGCCCGGAAGCGGGGACGUGUUGGAGGCCUCCAAGCAGCCCUGAAGCCCUUAAGGGACACCGGCCCCGCGGGCCCUCGGCAGUGAGCCUCGCUCUAACGGCGGUGGGAACGUAGUGCCUCGGUUCUCCUGGUGGUGGUGGUGACACAUGCUGUGGCUUCGGGACUUGGGUCACGCAGCAUCCGUUUCCAGGACACCCGCGAGCGACCACGUCUGUGGCCAUCACUAGUUGGGACUCCAGGACCGUCCUGCAGGGCCCGCGAGCAGGUCCGAGCGCCACCUAAGCCGUCACGGGAGGCCAGCGAGGAGCAGGGAGGGCUCCGGGCUGCGCCCCCUCUCCCGGCUGUGCUUUUCGGACUUGAAAGGGACCUUCAGGACGCGGCCCCUCGGGGCAUGGCUGGUAGAUCCGCGGGCUGAGCGCGGCUCUCGCUCCGUGCCAGUUCCCAGCUCACCCUGAAGAAGUGUCGUUUCGCAGGGUCCCUGUCCCCUGUGCUGAGGGAGGCAGCAAGGGUCCCCCGCCGCCUGGCCGCUCCGCAGGCCUGGUCUGCGGCCUCCUGGUGGAGCCGGGAUGCCCCAGGGCCGACCCCGAGCUGGUCUGACGCGCUGCCACCUCAGUCCCGCGGGAGGUCUGGGCUCCGGUGGGGCAGGACACCGGGUCCCAGGAGGAGCCCCUCAGGACACCCUGUUUCUCCUCAUGCCUGCUUCCUGCUGCUGGACAGGUGGCCAGCUCUGUGUCCGGCUCUGCCCAGUGUCCCAUCAGCGCCUUCAGCCCAGGCGCAACCAGCCGGUGUCUCU